AACCCGAGAGAAAAAAAAAAAGGCAAAAGGUGCAAUUCAGCCCCUCUACGUCCAUUGUUGUGGCACAUCAGCCCCUCUACCUAAAAGUAGAGCAAAUCAGCCCCUCCACUUGACAAAACCCGCAAAUCAGCCCUUCUGCUGACGAUGACCUCAUCAAAUGUCAUCUUUUCGUCCACACCCUUGUUACUCCACAACCAAGAAAUGGGCACCUCCACUAAGAUAUGAUUUGGAGGAAGAAUUUGAAAGCCAGGAGAAAAGGAUGGAAGAAAUGAAAAAGACCAAAGGAAAGCAAACAGAGGAAGAUGAUGAGGAAUAUAAAGAAGACUUAGAAGAGGAGGAAGAGGAAGAUGACGAGGAAGAUGAUAUUGAUGAUAGUCUUGGUAAAAGCAGUGAGGGGAAUAUCACUAGAGCUAAAGAAAGCACAACAAAUAGAACCAAAAAAAGGGGAAGAGUUUCUCAGAAGAAUCAACCUCCUGAGGUCAAUGAACAAUCUCAACCUCAAGGCACUCAACGGAAACCAAGGGGUAAAACUUCUGAAGCUUGGAAAUAUUUUGUGUGCUUUAUUGGUCCUGAUGGGAAACAAAAGGGGAGGUGUAAAUGGUGUAGUGCUGUCAUAAGAGCUUGUUCUUCAAAUAAUGGGACUUCAGGCCUUAAGAAACACAUAACUAGGUGCAAAUUAAAUCCAGAAAAUUUGAAAAAACAAGCACAAUUGAAGUUGACAAAGUUUACAACUAUUGAUGGAGGUAAGGCAGUGCAUUUAGCACAGUGGAAGUUUGAUGGAGUGGCAUCUAGGAAGGAUGCGGUUGCAUUCGAGGAGAUUGAUUUCAAAAAGAAUGUGUGCUUAGAUGUUCGCCAUAGGUGGAACUCAUCUAAUGAUAUGUUGCAAAAGGCUGAGAAGCUCUCAAGGCAAGAAAAAACAUUCAAAGAUGAAUUGAAUGCUCCAAGUGCUCCUGGAAUUCCAGACUUUGAGGAUUGGGAAAACAUCAGAAGACUAACUAGAUUCCUUGAGCAUUUCUAUUUGUUUGCUUUGAAGGUGAGUGGGAGCUGGUAUUGUACUAUUAAUUUAUUGUUACAUGAAUUGUGUGAGAUUAAUACUCUUAUAAACAAAUGGGAAAGCUCCAAAGAGGAUGACUUAGCUGCUGUGGCAUGGAACAUGAAGGAGAAGUUUGCAAAAUAUAGGGGGGAUCCAACAAAAAUGCAUAAGAACAUUUUUUUUGCGGUGGUGUUGGAUCCUAGUCAAAAAAUGGGAUAUUUAAAUUGCCUUCUUGGGGAAUUGUAUUCAGAGUCGGAAGGAAAAGCAAAAGAAUAUGGAUGCUGGAUUGAAGCUGAAUUGAGAAAGUUGUUUGAUUUUUACAAGACUGAAAUAGAAAAUCAAAAUGAGAAUUGUGGUAGUAAUAGCACAAAUGCCACAUCUGGUUCUAGUGGGGGGCAAGGGCCUGAUCAAAAUAACCUUAAUCACCUUGUUGGAUCUAAACAAAGUGGUGGGAAUGGUCUUGGUGGUGUUGCAAGCUUAAGGGCAAAUAGGAAUGGCAACGUUUCUUCUUGCCAAAGUGAACCAGGAAACAAGAAAGGGAUGAAGGAUACUGAGAGAUUCAGAAGAUAUUUAUCAAAGGCAGCUCAGGAAAAGAAUGAGCAAUCAAAGCUUGACAUCUAUCUCAAAGAUAAAUUAGAAAUCAUGGAAAAUGAUGCUCAAUUUUAUGAUGUUCUUUCAUUUUGGAGGCUUAAGAGUGGGAGAUUUCCUGUUCUUGCAACAAUGGCACGAGAUAUUUUAGCUAAUCUAGUUUCAACAGUGGCAUCUGAAUCAGCUUUCAGCACAAGUGGUCGUGUGUUAGAUGACUUUCGGAGUUCCUUAACUCCUAAGAUGGCACAAGCUCUAGUAUUCACACAAGAUUGGCUAAGGAAAAAAAAAAGAAAACAUGUCAAUAUUACUCUUGAUUGUGAAGAUUUAGAUGAAUUAGAGGAAGCGGAAGCAGAAUAUAGGAAGAAGUUACGUUCAUCACUUCUAGAUGGUUGACAUUUGCUGCUAUGCAUGUGAAAUUUCGGAUUUGUUUUUUGGGUUGCUUGUUGCUGCAAAUGCUACUAGCUGUUGCUAUAAAUACUGCUUUUGGAUUUGGUUUUUGGGUAGCUUAUUACUGCAAAUGCUACUAGCUGUUGCUAUUUCAGUUGCUUGUUGCUGCAAGCUUGUAAAUGUUGUUGGCUGUUAUUAUAAAUAUUGCUUUUGGAUUUGUUUUUUGGGUUACUUUUUGCUGCAAAUGCUGCUAGUUGUUGCUAUAAAUACUGCUACUACUG